AUGCUCGUACCAUACGAAUGUUGUACUCAAAAUUAUGAAAAUCAUUAUCAAACCGGCUCGGGGCUUCCUUAUUACCAAGGUCAACCCUAUCAAAAGGGCUAUGGUCUCGGUGGAUUUUUUCACAGUCUAUUUCACUCUGCUAUGCCUUUGUUUGUGAAAGGAGCCAAAACGGUGGGAAAAGAAGCUUUGCGCACCGGAGCUCUCAUUGCAAAUGAUGUGUUGGCAGGUGAAAACAUUAAGUCUGCUGCUAAACAAAGAGCCAAAGAGGCGGGAAAAGUAUUAGCGGCAAAAGCUAUUCGUAAAGCCCAGACCAUGGUUGGUAGUGUGGAGAAGAUUAUAUUGAACUUGUCACAAACACAACUCUACGUGAGAGCAAAAAUAAUAAAAACGGAUGGUUCACCUCUGGAUAAAGAUGCUAGCAUCGGCCCAGUAAAUUUGUUCCUGCAUUCUUUAUUUUCUCAGGUGGAUGUCACAUUAAACGAACGACUGGUGUCUUCUUCUAGUAACACAUACCCCUAUAGAGCUUAUAUUGAAACUUUGCUCAAUCACGGCUAUGAUAGUAAAACUUCAAAACUGACAGCUGAAAUGUAUGACAAAGAUCUAGAGAAGCGAUCUUCCUUUUUCAAACUGAGUUCUACUGUUGAUAUGAUUGGUGGCAUUCAUUUUGAUUUAUUUCAUCAAGAAAGGCUUUUAUUAAAUAUGGUGGAUGUUAAAUUAACUCUUAUCAGAAGCAAGCCGGAGUUUUGUUUGCAAGGAAAAGCAGGUCAUAAAGUGGUUUUAGAACAUGUAUCUCUUUUCGUGAGAAAAGUGCGUGUGAGCCCUGGAGUUAUCCUAGGUCAUGCCAAAGCAUUAGAGAAGAGUAAUGCCAAGUAUCCUAUUAAUAGAGUAUUAUGUAAAGUCUAUUCCAUUCCCCAAAAUAGCAUGUCCUUGAUACAAGACAAUGUUUUUGUUGGUCAGAUGCCUCAAAGAAUUGUAAUUGGAUGUGUUGAUAAUGACGCUUUUCACGGAAAUUUUGCCAAGUCACCAUUUGAGUUUAAACAUUAUUACCUGAAUUUCAUUGGAGUGUACGUCGACGGACAGCCUGUGCCUUACAAUCCACUGGAACCAAAUUUUGAUAACAACAAUUAUAUUCGAGCUUAUCAUAGCCUGUUUUUCAAUAAAUCCCAGCAAGAUAAAGGCAUUUUUAUCUCGAGAGAAGACUAUUUACAAGGUAACGUGUUAUUUGGUUUCGAAUUAUCACCAGACCUUUGUGAUGGAGAGCAUAUGAAUCUCAUUAAGCAUUCUAAUCUACGGAUUGAGUUAAAGUUCAGCCAACCUCUCGAGCAAACCGUGUGUGUGAUUAUCUUUGCAGAAUUUGAUAACGUGAUUGAAAUUAAUAAAUCGAGGAACAUCAUUUUUGACUUUAACUGA